GAAAAUCUCACAGGAUGAAAGAUGUGCGAGUGAGAUUCUUCGGGCAUCACAUUAGGAAACGGACCGCGUUGAGGGCCUAUACAUUCCCAGCCAGGAGCGCAGCUCAACGCCGGCUAAUGAGUGAGCCAAGUGUGUGGUGAGCCCUCCGUGUUGGGCUGACCAAAGAAGAAGAAAAAAAAGACACUUUAAUUUUCAGAAAUCCAGGAAUUAGUCGCGGAAACACCUGGAAAUAUGGGAAAUAAGAGUUCACGCGGCAGCAGCAGCUGGAGGUUUUAGCGCGAGCGCACGGAGGAACUACUUUGAUGUUUGGAGACGCCGCGGCUUCGUAAGAAAAAGAAGAAAUAAAAAUGCUUCCGAGACACCUGGACGCUCAGUGACCCACUCAGAGAGGACCGGCGGUCGGAGGCAACAUGAAGGAGAAGUCCAAAAAUGCGGCCCGGACUCGACGGGAAAAGGAGAAUAGUGAAUUUUACGAACUGGCCAAACUGUUGCCGCUUCCCUCGGCUAUCACCUCCCAGCUGGAUAAAGCCUCCAUCAUCCGGCUGACGACGAGCUACCUGAAGAUGAGGGUGGUGUUUCCUGAAGGCCUGGGGGAGUCCUGGGGUCACGUGAGCCGCACCAGUCUGGAUGGAGUCACCCAGGAAUUAGGCUCCCACCUCUUACAGACGCUAGAUGGCUUCAUUUUUGUUGUGGCGCCGGAUGGAAAAAUAAUGUACAUCUCAGAAACAGCAUCAGUCCACUUGGGUCUGUCGCAGGUAGAGUUGACGGGAAACAGCAUUUACGAGUACAUCCACCCGGCAGACCACGACGAGAUGACGGCCGUCCUCACUGCACACCAACCUUACCACUCACACUUUGUGCAAGAAUAUGAGAUGGAGCGCUCCUUCUUUCUGAGAAUGAAGUGCGUCCUCGCUAAAAGAAAUGCAGGUCUUACCUGUGGAGGCUACAAGGUGAUCCACUGCAGUGGCUACCUCAAGAUCCGUCAGUACAGCCUGGACAUGUCUCCGUUUGACGGCUGCUAUCAGAACGUGGGGCUGGUGGCCGUGGGUCACUCGCUGCCGCCCAGCGCCGUCACGGAGAUCAAACUGCACAGCAACAUGUUCAUGUUCAGAGCCAGCCUGGACAUGAAGCUCAUCUUCCUCGACUCACGGGUUGCAGAGCUGACGGGCUACGAGCCUCAGGACCUAAUAGAGAAGACUCUAUAUCAUCAUGUCCACAGCUGUGACUCCUUCCACCUGCGCUGUGCUCAUCACUUGUUGCUGGUGAAAGGUCAGGUCACCACAAAGUACUACCGUUUCCUGGCCAAGCAAGGCGGCUGGGUGUGGGUUCAGAGCUAUGCAACCAUUGUGCACAACAGCCGCUCGUCUCGACCCCACUGCAUCGUCAGCGUCAACUACGUCCUCACGGAGACUGAAUAUAAAGGCCUCCAGCUUUCUUUGGACCAGGCCGCGUCCAAGGCCUCUUUCCCCUACAGCAGCAGCAGCAGCACCGGUGGCAGCCUCACAGAGACCUGCAGGACUCCCAAGAGCAGAGUGUCCCGGCCCAAGACCAAAGCCAGACUCUCACCAUACACACAGUAUCCCAGCUUCCAGACAGAGCGGUCAGAGUCUGAUCAGGACAGUCCGUGGGGCAGCAGCCCCCUCACGGACACAGCCUCCCCUCAGCUGCUGGAGCACAGCGAAGGCCCGGAAGCCUCCUGCGUGUACAGGAAGUUCGCUGAUCCUCGCACGCUCUGCUACAGCUUGUCCGAAGAGCAGCAACACACCGGCAGCGAGAGCCACAGGCACCUCCACGCGCACGGCCACGGUCAGAGCUGCGAGCGAGGUCGGUGCGAGGCCGGCCGGUACUUCCUGGGAGCCCCUCCGUCCUGCAUGGACGCGUGGUGGGGCGCCGCCCGAUCCAUCCUCCCGCUGAGCAAGAGCUCCCUGGAGAACCACCACGAAGGAUAUGACAGCGGCGCGCCACACAUAUCAGCCAUCCACAGCUACCACGCUCGCGGCCACUGGGAUGAGGACAGCGUGGUCAGCUCCCCGGAAGGAGGUUCAGCCAGCGACUCAGGGGAUCGAUACUGCGCCGACCACUACCGCUGCAGCCCGCAAGAACCCAGCAAGAUAGAGACGCUGAUACGAGCCACGCAGCAGAUGAUCAAGGAAGAGGAGAGUCGACUGCAGCUGAGCAAGGACCCCCAGGACGCCCCACUGGGGCCGGCCAACGGGCUGCCCAGGGGCCCUGGCUCGUGCUUCGCUCCAGAGUACACUCAAGGGGCCCUGCCUCUGCAGACUGUGGUGUGUCGAGGUUUGAGUCAGGUGAUCAGCCCUGCGCCUAGCCCCGCCCCCUUAUCCAGGCUCAGCAGUCCAGGUUCUGAGCGUCUCCAAAAGCCCAAAGACUACCUCCAGACUGACCUGUCCCCUCUUUCUUUGCAACUACACCACCCUGUGGGUCGACCGGGCGCGUGCUCAGCUUCCCCUACGCCGGCCCCCGCCCUCUACCCCUCCCACACCCACUCGCGGCCCUACUUGGACAAGCAUACGGCGUAUUCCCUGACGGGCUACGCUCUGGAGCACCUCUAUGACCCAGAGAGCCUCCGGGGCUACUGUACCUCCGCCAGCACAGGCCCCGCCCACUACGAUCACUUCCGCAUGCCGUCAGAGCAGACCCCCGGACACAAGGGCACCUCAGUCAUUAUCACCAACGGGAGCUAACACUCCUCUGACACACACAGGGCGACUGCAGUCACACAGUCUGAGCUGGCUUCUCUUUUACAAGUCGGCCAUCUUCACUCUGCUUUUUCCAUCAUACCGUGCAUUUCUGAUCUAAAUCUCCUUUGGUACAUACUCAUCAUCCUGUUACUUUUUCUGGCUCAAAAUCAUCAGGCGCAACAUUUUAAUUUAAUUAUUUAUCUGUUCAGAAUCUAGUGAGACCUCAGCAAAAUUCAACCUGAACUGAGCACAUCCAGUUAGAUCUGUUCCCAAAACAAGACACAUAUAGAGAAGAGCAUCAGACAUAGACAGACUAUCUACCAAAGAUCUAUUCUUAUCCGGAUCCAUCUAGAUCACAGGUGUCAAACAUACGGCAAAUAAAAGUGGCCCUCCAGAAGGUCUAAUCUGGCCCUCAGCUUGAAUUUUCAAAGCACGGAAAUUACGUAGAAGACAGCAACUUUUCAAUGAAAAUAAAUACUAUUCUUAUUUGUCCACUGUUUUAUUCUGAGAAGUGGACAGGACACAACACUGAGACCCAGAACUAAACAACAGACAGAAAUUAGCUCAAAUUCCACUUAUAUUUCUUAAAACAAAUGGAAAAAAAGUCUGGAGUUGACACUACUUAUAGGUUAUUAUUCUGCUGUGUUACUAAUCCGGCCUGCUUGAGAUCAAAUUAAGAAUCCCACAAAAUCUUAAACCUCUGUUGGAAACUGAUUGUGCUCAGGCAAAGAUCUGCUGAGCCAACCAAAUCAUUUGGGGGCGGGCCUUAGGCAGUGAUUGACAGAAGAGUAACAGCAACACAGUCCCACACCCCAUCUGAGUGCUAUGGAGGUCAAUUAGCUGAAUGUCUCUGAUUGGUUGUAAAACUCUCCAGCUUCAGGUAUUUCUCUCUCCGGUCAUGAUGUUCGAUACCAGACCAAAUUUAAGGCUGGUAUCGGCGAUACAGAUCUGAUACUGACACUUUGUGUAAAUACAUCCUUAUGUGUCUGGUAAAUCUAAAAAAAAAAAAAACUAAGUAGUUUAUUUAAAAUCAUAGCUUCAU